GCGACAACCGCCCCGCCACCGCCAGUUACAAGAGGGAGGCAGCUCGGCCAAAUCCCUCCCACCGCCGGGCCGGCCCUCAAUGUACGAGGAAGAUCAGAUUUAAUAUUAAUGAAGUCGCGCAUUGGCUCACACUCGCGUCAUUCCCGCUGCGCGACUUCUGUAGGCUGGCAGACUUCCUUCAAUAUUAUUUCUGGGCAGCAGGGUAAAAGUACUAAAAAAUGUUGCCGAGGCACAACACCGGGACGGACUGAAUGGAGGCCACGUUGUCGGCGAGCGGAGAUAAUAAAUCCGUCUACGGUCAACCGCGACACUCACCGAGCGACUUGUUGAGUUCUGCGUGAAAGUCCAGUCCUCGGUCUCCCCAUGCCUCCAUCUCCUCUCGACGACAGAAUUGUGGUGGCGCUGCCAAGGCCGAUCCGACCUCAGGAACUCCAAUUGCGCCUGGACACCAGCUACCUGGACUCCAUCACCACCAGCAGCAGCGACAAGACAGUAAUCAGCACCACCGUGGUGAAGAUCCGGGCGACGGCCAAUCUUGUAACGUAUAUGCCCUCAUCCAAGGGCUCCACGCGCUCAUUGUCGUGUGGAUGCAGCAGUGCUAGCUGCUGCUCUGUCACCACCUAUGAGAAGGACAGCCAGAGCCUCAGCCACAGCCAGGUGAGCGCAAGUAGCCCCAAUCUCAGCUACGCUGGGCCCCCUACCCCCAUGGUCAGCAGCCAUGAAGCAUUAAGUGCCCCCAGUCUUGCCCCAGGCACACCAAAGGCCCUGUCCACCUUGAGGGUCAUCCACCCUAAUGAGCUGGCCAAGCGGAUGACCUGCUGUCCCAUGGGUCACCCUGUGGGGCCUGUGCCGGUCAUCAUUGACUGCCGGCCCUUCAUGGAGUACAACAAGAGCCACAUCCGGGGCGCCGUGCACAUCAACUGCUCCGACAAGAUCAGCCGGAGGCGGCUGCAGCAGGGCAAGAUCACUGUGCUGGACCUCAUCUCCUGCCGUGAGGGCAAGGACUCUUUUAAGGGCAUCUUCUCCAAAGAGAUUGUGGUUUAUGAUGAGAGCACCACAGACCCCAACCGGCUGACAUCCACCCAGCCUCUACAUGUGGUCCUGGAAUCACUGAGGAGGGAGGGCAAGGACCCAAUCAUCCUCAAAGGAGGCCUUAGCAGCUUUAGGCAGAGCCAUGAAAACCUGUGUGAGCACUCGCUGCACCUUCAUGAAAGCUUGGACACGGGCGCAGCUGCUGGCCUGACGGGGGCUCUACCUCACUCCCUGCCCUCCACCCCGGACAUAGAGAACGCAGAGCUGACGCCAAUCCUGCCCUUCCUCUAUCUGGGGAACGAGCAUGAUGCUCAGGACAUCAACCUGCUGCAGCGCUUGAACAUCGGCUACAUCCUAAAUGUGACCACCCACCUGCCGCUCUACCACUAUGACACGGGCCUCUUUGUCUACAAGCGUCUGCCCGCCACCGACAGCAACAAGCAGAACCUGCGGCAGUACUUUGAGGAGGCGUUUGAAUUCAUUGAGGAAGCACACCAAGCGGGUAUGGGCCUCUUGAUCCACUGCCAGGCAGGCGUGUCUCGUUCAGCCACCAUUGUGAUCGCCUACCUGAUGAAGCACACCUGGAUGACCAUGACGGACGCCUACAAGUUUGUCAAAACCAGGAGGCCCAUUAUCUCCCCGAACCUUAACUUCAUGGGCCAGCUGCUGGAGUUCGAGGAGGACCUCAACAAAGGAAUAACGCCACGAAUCCUCACACCAAAGCUGAUUGGUGUGGAAACCAUCGUCUAAAUUAAGCUCUCGACCCUCCGAUGCUCGCACUUUUACCAAGUCUCCGUCUGCCAGCGGAGAUGGGCUGCUCUGAGCCGAUUUGGAGUGUGAGAGUCGCCGUAUUUUCCUUGAUUCUCGAGAGUGCCAAAGCUCUGGGUCAGUGGCAAAGAGAAAUGCCAAAAAUCCCCACUGUUUGGACCUGGCCGAAGUCCCAGAGGAGAGAGAUAGAAAGAGAAGAAGCGGUCAGUGGCGAGCUUUCCAUUUGUGACUGCAGAGGAGCAUAAAUGACGGAGAAGGAAAUCUGUUUGGACAAGAGAUUCUGUGCACUUAGGGGUAGUUAUUGACAGAAGAAACUCUCAAAGCUCACACUGUGGCACACAGUUUAUGUUUGCAGACUCAGGCGGGGUUGGCCACGGCAGUGCCUGUCAAAAAA